AUGAAGGGUGACAAUGAUGAUGAGCCUGACAACCACAGGAACAUGGAUGAUGAAGAUGAUGCUGAUGUUGGUGAGGGUCAGGAAGGUAAUGAUGCAGGCAUUGGCAAGGACAACAAAGGGGAUGAUGUGGGCAUUGGUGACGACCAGGAAGGUGAUGAUUCAGGCAUCAAUGAUGACCAGGAGGUCAACAAUGCUGGGUGUUCGGAAACGUUGAGUGAUGCUUCCACUCUCAUAUUUAUAUUCUCAACACUUUGGUAUUUAAGUGUUGCAACUUCUUGUGAUGGUAUGUCUGUUGCAACAACUCCACCCCAACUUGUCACAGGUUCUGCUCUUGCAACAUCAUGUUAUCCUAUUGUCUCGCCACUGUGCAUUCAGACCAUGCAUCUGAGUAUUGCAAGUCUGGCCAAAACUCCAGCAUAUGUUGCAACACCUUCACGCAUUGCAAUGCCCAGUUCCAUCAUGGGACUUCCAAGUGUCACAAUGCCCAAGCACACUCUUGUCCCUUCAGUGAGUAUCCAGCCUUCUGGUAUUUCCAAUCAUCUUUUAUCUUCACAGGAUUUUGGCUCUUUUGGCAUGGAACUGGAUAACAUUCUCCAGGCCAACACAAUGUUGAUGUUUACACCACAGUGGAACUUUGAUGGCCUACCCCUCAUUAGCUCUAACCCUGCAACUGUCCAUGCUACAAACCAUUUGAUGUCUCUUACUGGUAGUACUACCAAUUCAUAUCUGGACUAUUUCACAAUGGCGGGGCAAUAUGAGCACUUAACACAAGACCUGCCUUUGUUACCUCCCACCCCAUCUGAUGACAGCUCUCUGCCACCAGCCUCCAAGGCACUUGGGGACCCUCUGCUAGGCUGUCCUAAAUGCAAACCAGUCCCAUCCUUGUGUGCCCAUUGA